GUAUCAAAUAGUCACGUGACAGCUUAAAACAGCAUACAAAGUAUUAUUCAUAAGGUAAGCUAGAUAUUAUGGACCAAUUCUGACAUGUUUUGACUUAAGAAAUGAUUAACAUGUAAGCAUUGAAAAGUAGAGCCUCGAUUUCAUGUUUAUGGUCACGUGACCCCCCUAAAAUGAGCUAUGGUGCAAAACGAAGACUAACCUAGAUAUUCUGAUCCAUUUCAACUUGUUUAAUGCUAGAGAAAUGUAACAUAGAAGCAAUAAAAGCUAGAGCCUCGUUUUCAUGUUGUAUUUUUAGUGGUGGUUAUUAAAACCCCCCUAAAUUAGCCCGGUGCAACUUUCAAAGCUGGCGACAAGUUUCAACAUGUUCUCUGAUGUCCUCUUAAGAUAACUAGACAUGUCUCUUGCUUUAAUCAUCGAUUUCCCACGGAAGUUCAAAUUAUGACAUUUGCUCCCUGACUAAUAGUCAAGGUGUGAUUUGUGUUCGUUCUAGCCAUGUCUUUCCAAAAUUGGACUGAAGCAACUUCGCCAUCCAAGAUAUACUCUGUAGAACAAUUAAAAGAGGAAACCAAGCCUCAAGACCUCGUGCAAUCGCCAAAGAAAUCUAGUAAACCACUUCGCUGCGCAAUAUUAACUAAAAGUGAGCUAAAGAAAACCAAAAGUGCUACUGGUAACCAGGCAUUUUCGAUGACACUCUGUGAUGAAACACCGACAUCCACAAUAAGAGCUAUUUGUUUCGAAGAAGCAUACUACGAGGUCCUCAUCCCAACCAAAACGUAUAUCAUUUCCAACUACAAAGUCAAGAAAGGACUACCAGCAAACACCAUCCAAAUAUAUAUGGACACUGGAACAACAAUUGAACAGUCUUCAAUACAGUUCAAAGUGGAAAAAUCAAACUUCAAAAUAGCACAGAUUCUUCGCAAAGAAGCAAUGCAUGUCAACAUGCUCAAUGUAGAAUGUAAAGUGACAGACAUCGACGACGUCAAGACAGUUGGAAAGCAGCUAAUAAACAAAAGAGAUGUCUAUUGCUAUGACGGCACUGGAUCGAUAAUACUGGUGUUGUGGCGCGAAAGAGCAGAAAAUGUGUCCUUUGCUGUAAACGAUGUCAUCUCAGUAGAAAAUGCGAUCACCUCGACAUACAACAACGUCAUCAACUUGUCCACAACCUCCCAAACCAUAAUUAAGAAACUUCAUGGACACGCGCUAGAAAGCCUCACCACUGACGAUGUCCCCGCAAGCAGUCCAAUUACUCACGACAACAUAAUCUCCGUCAACACAAAAAUACUGCUUAUGAAAGAUUUUAAGCAAACUGUUCACUGCAUUAAUUGCAACAACGCUAUCCAGCUUCCCACAUCUGUUCAAACAGACGAGGACGACAGUGACAUUGGAGUAGAAUGCAAGGUCUGCACAGCAACAUUUCUCUGUGAGGACACAAAGCUCAUGAAUGAAUGCACUGUACGCUUAAAGGAUACCUUGGAAGGAGAAUCGCUAACAGCUAAGACAGCGGUGAUUAAAAAUAUCUUCAAAUGGAUAGAAGCACACCGAAAACCACCCACAAGGAAAGAUGUCUUAAAUGCCCUCAAGUUACAGUAUGUCAUGAGGAUAAACGUCACAAAAAAGAUUAUUGAGCACGCACAAAUUUCAUCACAAAAUGAAGACGACGCAUUGGAACCCAAACAAAUUCGACACGAUGAAGGACCCCAUGAAGAACUUGACAAAAUGAAACAAGAUUAGAGCAUAGUAAUGGCGGAGGAAGGGAGGGGGGGGGGUUAAAUAUCAGUUCUCAGUACAAAGUUAAGUCAUUUAUUAGUUGUCAGCUUAACUGAAUUACGCCAUUUAUCAGUUGCCAGUAAAAUUCUUGGUUUACCAGGAAAAAUACCAGUUUAACGUUCAUUUUCAGCAGUUAUAUUUCCAUUGCACGCGUGUUUAGCAACAAAACACUAUUUUUACUUGAUACAUAGUUAAAAAGAUGCGUUUAAAACGUUUUUUUGCGUUUUUUCAUGUUUUGUUGCUCUUGGUGCUUACAAGGACCAUCAUACAUUUACAAGUUUAACCACAAAAUACUACUGGUUAUCGCCCAAAAACUCAUAUUGAAUAUUAACAGCUAUAAAUAGUUUAAGAUUAGAAUUAAUAUUUAAUAUUUAUUUUAUAUAGUUAAUAUUUGAUUGUAUAGUUUACAUCAUUAUAACAUGUUAUAACAGUUAUAAUAUAGUAUAAAAGACAGACUACUCACCGUUCAAUUCACUUUUCAAGGUCAUACUGAUUGACUCUGGAUUAAUUGCAAAAUUGUCUAUCUUGCCAUCUACUUUUGAUAGUAUAAUACUAUAUCCAUAGAGAAGCACAUGUUGUAUGGCUAUGUURUAUACACUGCUAAAUAAAUAGCUAGACUCAUUGAGUUUCAUGUCACAAGCCAUCUUUGAAUAAUCUCUUUAAAAAAACUGAUUUCUGUAAACGACUAUCAUCACGAAAUGACAACGAAGAACAAAAAAAAAAGAUCGACUGGAUUAAGAGCAUGACACUGAAAUCAAACAAGAUUUAAGGUCAUAUGCAAAAAAUGUCAAAAGUUGAGUUGUUUCCGUAGAUAAAAUAUCAGUGUCGAAGCAAGUAGGGAACUGACAACAAGUCAUUGUUGAUCCUGUGAGCCUUGUUUACUUAUGGUAGAAGUACACACAGUUGAGUUUUACAGUGGUGUAUUAUUAUCGAUAAACAAGCACUUAAUGUGUUAAUUUAUUAGCCAAUGUUACAUGCUAAAUAAAUGGCUCUGAGCAGUUGUA